AUGCGGCUCCUCAACCUUGAGACACUCCGCCUUGAAACCUUCCUCAACGAUAGCGAAAUCCCUCCUUACGCGAUAUUAUCCCACACAUGGGGCGCGAGCGAACUAAAGCUGCAAGACCUGGAGCUUCCCCGCGCCGAAUUGGAAACGUACCCAGGAUGGAAGAAGGUCGUCAACUUCUGCCGCAAGGCCAGGCAGAGCAUGGAGAUGUUCCCAGAAGAGGUCCGGUACGGCUGGGUCGACAGCUGCUGCAUCGACAAGUCUAGCAGCGCCGAAUUGAGCGAGGCCAUCAACUCCAUGUUCCGCUGGUACCGCGGCGCGUCGGCCUGUUUCGUCCUGCUCGAAGACGUAGAGCUGUCGGAGCUCUCGGGCACCGACAAGUUUGAGAGGUGCAGGUGGUUCACGAGGGGCUGGACGCUGCAGGAGCUGCUUGCGCCUCCGGUGCUCUAUUUCUUCGACAAGGACUGGCGGUACAUGGAUGACAAGCUCACUCUGGCGGAUAGGAUCAGUGCCCGCACGAGCAUUGACGUGGAUGUGAUCAUGACCGGAUCUUGGGAGGAUAUGAGCAUCGCGCAGCGGAUGUCGUGGGCUUCCACGCGGACAACAACCCGGGUGGAAGAUAUGGCGUACUGUCUUAUGGGUGUGUUUGACGUCAACAUGCCGACUAUUUAUGGCGAGGGAGAGAAGGCAUUCAUUCGGCUACAAGAAGAAAUCAUGAAGGAGUCGGCAGAUGAAUCAAUAUUCGCGUGGGAUGCCUCAGCAAAGGAUAGGAAUCUAAACUCUAUAGGUGCGCUGGCUACAAGUCCAGCUCAAUUCCAUUCCAGUCACCAGAUCGAGGCACUACCAACGGAAUGGAAUCCGGCUUCAAUCAACGCCAAGGGCGUGUAUGCGAACCUUUCAAUCAUUAACCAGGAGCUACCUCAGGGGGAGCUUGUCAAAGUGGCUCUACUGUCUUGUAGAUACUCUUAUGACAUCAAUUCCCGCGUGGGCAUACCGAUACGGGCGAAGGGUGGUUCGCCAAAUCGCUUUGCCCGAACCAACGCUGCGCCGGUCUCCAUCCCGCUACAAGUAUUAUACCGAAACAUGCCCCCGGCUAUAUACCUAGACAAGCGAGAUCAAUCUUCUGUCGCAGCCUCGAGGCGUGGCACAUGUUGGGUGCAGUUUAGAUCCACCAGCAAGGAGUUUGGACCGGUAUAUGAAGCUCUAGGACCUGAGUGGCAUGUUAGCCCAACCCGAUCGAUGACAGCAAAGCUUCGAAGGCGAGGCGGGGGUCCGGACAUCAACUCACUUGUCAUACCUUUCCAGCAUGAGAAAUCUUCAGGAAUUCUGUAUCUGUCAUUAAGGUUGGCCCUCUCCAGUGGAGUGGGAGCUCUUGGUAUGAGGGUCAUCCAUGACGAUCCAGAACCUGUAAAGAAGCGUGUUGAAGAGCUUCGAAACAUGACCGACUUGAUCGCUCUGGGGCCCCAGGAGCAGGCGUAUUUCGAGCCAUUGGGCAGCAUCCUUGCGACUAUAACCAAGUUGCACGAUGACCAAUCAGUUUUCCAAGUUGUUCUCUCAGCAAGGCUCAAGUCGCACUUGGGUCCAUGA